UUAAAAUUUGUAUGUAUGUGGAACGAGACCUCUGCCGAGGUGGCGGACCUCAAGAAACAGUGUGACGUGCUGGUGGAGGAGUUCGAGGAGGUGAUCGAGGACUGGUACCGGAACCACCAGGAGGAGGACCUCACCGAGUUCCUGUGCACCAACCACGUGCUGAAGGGCAAGGACACCAGCUGCCUGGCAGAGCAGUGGUCUGGCAAGAAGGGCGACACGGCUACCCUGGGAGAGAAGAAGGCCAGGAAGAAGGGCAGCCGGGCCAGGGCGGCCAGUGGCGGCAGCAAGCAGAGGAAGGAGCUUGCAGGGCUCCAGGGGGACCCUGGUGCCAAGGACGAGGAGGAGGGGGGCAUCCAGAAGGCGUCACCGCUCCCACACAGCCCCGCUGACGAGCUCUGAGCGACCUCGAGGCUGAAGACUCCGGCGCGAUGUUCCAGCCUGGGGACAUGGCAGCUCAGGACCAUGACGGCGCGCACCCGCCGCGGCUCCCUUCCUGGCCUGGGCUUCUGGUGGCCACGGGGUCAGGACUCGUAGGACCCAGUGUGACUCAGGAGGGACAGGAGCAGAUUCUGGAACCAGACGAGAGAUCUGCAGAGCCCAAGGAGGGCGCCCAGCCUGCAUCGCCUCCCCUGUACCUGAGAAGCAAGACUGCACCCCCAGCCCUGUGCCCAGCCCUCCUGGGGGCUCCAGGAGUAAAGACGUGUUGCCUUU